UUGACAAAAUCUUGUUCUUCUUGUGCUCGCUCGGCUUCCUUUAUCAAGGGCAGAUAAGUCAGGGUUGGGCAACACCCCCCCUACCACAAUAGAGGACAACAAGAUUUCCUUUGCGCUGCCUAGUAAAUUUCCUUUUUCCUACUCCGACCAUCCGCAAGGCUUAAAAACUUCAAACUCAGAAAAAAAUUGGGGUUUCUAAAUUCACUGUUGAGCGCCGUGGAUUACUUUUGCGAUGGCUUUUCAGAGCGCCUUCUGAAUUUUCCUGGCUCUUUACCUGUUCCUAACGGUGUCUGGAUGUGGGUCUGAUACAAGGCCACAGUCUCGGAGGUUGGAGGGCAGGGUCAAAGAGAUGGUCUUGUCAAUGGUGAAUGUUUGGAUGCACUUCAGGGAGUCUUUACCACCAGGCGUGCCAGCACGUCCCCAUGGAAGAGGCCUUAUCAGUUGUGAGCGAGGACCAGUCACUAUUUGAGUGUGCCUACGGAACGCCACACCUGGCUAAGACAGAGAUGACUGCGUCCUCUUCCAGUGACUAUGGCCAGACAUCCAAGAUGAGUCCUCGAGUCCCACAGCAGGACUGGCUGUCUCAACCCCCAGCCAGGGUCACCAUCAAGAUGGAAUGCAACCCUAGCCAGGUGAACGGUUCCAGGAACUCACCUGAUGAGUGCAGUGUGAGCAAAGGUGGAAAGAUGGUGGGCAGCCCUGACACCGUGGGCAUGAACUACAGCAGCUACAUGGAGGAGAAGCACGUGCCGCCCCCUAAUAUGACCACAAAUGAACGCAGAGUGAUCGUCCCUGCAGACCCCACUCUGUGGAGCACAGACCACGUCCGGCAGUGGCUGGAGUGGGCGGUGAAAGAAUACGGCCUUCUAGACGUGGACGUCUUGUUAUUUCAGAGCAUAGAUGGGAAGGAGCUGUGCAAGAUGACGAAGGACGACUUCCAGAGGCUCACUCCAAGCUACAACGCUGACAUCCUUCUCUCACAUCUCCACUACCUCAGAGAGACUCCCCUUCCACAUUUGACUUCCGAUGACGUUGAUAAGGCUUUACAAAACUCUCCGCGGUUAAUGCAUGCUAGAAACACAGGGGGUGCAGCUUUUAUUUUCCCAAAUACUUCAGUAUAUCCCGAAGCUACGCAAAGAAUUACAACUAGGCCAGAUUUACCUUAUGAACCUCCCAGGAGAUCAGCCUGGACUGGCCACAGCCACCCCACCCCUCAGUCCAAAGCUGCUCAGCCAUCUCCCUCCACAGUGCCCAAAACUGAAGACCAGCGCCCGCAGUUAGAUCCUUACCAGAUCCUGGGGCCCACCAGUAGCCGCCUCGCUAAUCCAGGCAGUGGCCAGAUCCAGCUGUGGCAGUUCCUGUUAGAGCUCCUGUCUGACAGCUCAAACUCCAGCUGCAUCACCUGGGAAGGCACCAACGGGGAAUUCAAGAUGACAGACCCUGACGAGGUGGCGCGGCGCUGGGGGGAGCGGAAGAGCAAGCCCAACAUGAACUACGACAAGCUCAGCCGCGCCCUCCGCUACUACUAUGACAAGAACAUCAUGACCAAGGUCCACGGCAAGCGCUACGCCUACAAGUUCGACUUCCACGGCAUCGCCCAGGCCCUCCAGCCUCACCCCCCCGAGUCGUCUCUGUACAAGUACCCCUCCGACCUCCCGUACAUGGGCUCCUACCAUGCCCACCCCCAGAAGAUGAACUUUGUGGCUCCCCAUCCUCCAGCCCUCCCAGUCACAUCUUCUAGUUUUUUUGCUGCCCCAAACCCAUACUGGAAUUCGCCGACUGGGGGCAUCUACCCGAACACUAGGCUCCCCGGCAGCCAUAUGCCCUCUCACCUGGGUACCUACUACUAGAGACCGGACGGAGGCCUUUCCCAACAGUGUACAAUCACCAAGCAGCCGCCACAAACUCAGAGAACACACAUCCAAAGUGCCUCACGAGGAAUAGGAAAAGGCUGAGUGGAGCUGGGGAAGGCAGCCGGGAAAGAAAACCAAAGACUCACGGGGGAGGGUGGGCAUCGCCUAAGUAUUACUACAGAAAUAGAGGGAGCUCAAAAUUUAACGUACAUGGACGUAUAACCUGUGGUCCACCCUUGUCAAAGACAUUGUAUGUAGAAAGGCGCGACAUUAUUAGGACAACUGCCAAAGAAAGUGGCCUUAAGUAGUGUACAAACUGUAGAGUGUGGGACCUUGCUUGUGCCAACCAGGAUUCAGUGACAGCAAUAGAGAUGACCCAAAAAAAAAAAAAAAAA